AUGGGACAACACGUGACCUUCCCAGAUCACUACCAGAGCACAGGACAGAUUCAUACGGUGACGUCACAAAACCACCACGGCCACCUCUACAACUACGGACGGACCAGCAUCACCGGCUACGACGUCAAUGAUGUCCAAAUCAUAGAGUAUGGCCACAACUGCGAUGGAGAAACGUUUGGUUUAGUGACGAGUAUGCUUCGCCGUGCAGAUGGUACAGGCGUCGCGGGAAACGUUAUGUACGAAACUGCAUGGAGUAAGUGGACAGACUUGGUGCUGAAUAAUAGACCUCUCAAGUAUCAAUACGUCAGUACGGACCUUCCAAGUACCCACCCGUCAGUACGGACCUCCCUGGUACCCACCCGUCAGUACGGACCUCCCCAGUCCUCACCCCGUCAGUACGACCCUCCCUUGUACCCAUCCGUCAGUACGGACCUCCCUAGUCCCCAACCCGUCAGUACGAACCUCCCUAGUCCCCACCCUGUCAGUACGGACCUCCCUAGUCCCCACCCUGUCAGUACGGACCUCCCUAGUCCCCAACCCGUCAGUACGAACCUCCCUAGUCCCCACCCUGUCAGUACGGACCUCCCUAGUCCCCACCCUGUCAGUACGGACCUCCCUAGUCCCCACCCUGUCAGUACGGACCUCUCAAGUAUCAAUACGUCAGUGCGGACCUCCCAAAACCACUCCCGUCAGUACAGACCUCCCAAGUAUCCACCAGUCAGUACGGACCUCUCUAGCCCACACCCCAUCAGUACGGACCUCCCUAGUCCCCUCGCGUCAGUACGGAUCUCCCAAGUACCCACCCGUCAGUACGGACCUCCCCAGUCCUCACCCCGUCAGUACGACCCUCCCUUGUACCCAUCCGUCAGUACGGACCUCCCUAGUCCCCAACCCGUCAGUACGAACCUCCCUAGUCCCCACCCUGUCAGUACGGACCUCCCUAGUCCCCACCCUGUCAGUACGGACCUCCCUAGUCCCCACCCUGUCAGUACGGACCUCCCUAGUCCCCAACCCGUCAGUACGAACCUCCCUAGUCCCCACCCUGUCAGUACGGACCUCCCUAGUCCCCAACCCGUCAGUACGGACCUCCCUAGUCCCCACCCUGUCAGUACGGACCUCCCUAGUCCCCAACCCGUCAGUACGAACCUCCCUAGUCCCCACCCUGUCAGUACGGACCUCCCUAGUCCCCACCCUGUCAGUACGGACCUCCCUAGUCCCCACCCUGUCAGUACGGACCUCCCUAGUCCCCACCCUGUCAGUACGGACCUCUCAAGUAUCAAUACGUCAGUGCGGACCUCCCAAAACCACUCCCGUCAGUACAGACCUCCCAAGUACCCACCAGUCAGUACGGACCUCUCUAGCCCACACCCCAUCAGUACGGACCUCCCUAGUCCCCUCCCGUCAGUACGGAUCUCCCAAGUACCCACCCGUCAGUACGGACCUCCCCAGUCCUCACCCCGUCAGUACGACCCUCCCUUGUACUCAUCCGUCAGUACGGACCUCCCUAGUCCCCAACCCGUCAGUACGGACCUCCCUAGUCCCCACCCUGUCAGUACGGACCUCUCAAGUAUCAAUACGUCAGUGCGGACCUCCCAAAACCACUCCCGUCAGUACAGACCUCCCAAGUACCCACCAGUCAGUACGGACCUCUCUAGCCCACACCCCAUCAGUACGGACCUCCCUAGUCCCCUCCCGUCAGUACGGAUCUCCCAAGUACCCACCCGUCAGUACGGACCUCCCCAGUCCUCACCCCGUCAGUACGACCCUCCCUUGUACCCAUCCGUCAGUACGGACCUCCCCAGUCCUCACCCCGUCAGUACGACCCUCCCUUGUACCCAUCCGUCAGUACGGACCUCCCUAGUCCCCAACCCGUCAGUACGGACCUCCCUAGUACUCAUCCGUCAGUACGGACCUCCCCAGUCCUCACCCCGUCAGUACGACCCUCCCUUGUACCCAUCCGUCAGUACGGACCUCCCUAGUCCCCAACCCGUCAGUACGAACCUCCCUAGUCAGUACGGACCUCUCAAGUAUCAAUACGUCAGUGCGGACCUCCCAAAACCACUCCCGUCAGUACAGACCUCCCUAGUCCCCUCGCGUCAGUACGGACCUCCCAAGUACCCACCCGUCAGUACGGACCUCUCUAGCCCACACCCCAUCAGUACGGACCUCCUUUGUCCCUUCCCGUCAGUACGGACCUCCCUUGUACCCAUCCGUCAGUACGGACCUCCCUAG